UCAGCUGCUCCCCAGCCAGCCGGCUGUCCCCAACUAGGCACCCCGACUCCGGCCCCGCCCCAGGUGUUCCGGACCCAGCCCACUGGUGGUCCUUACCCUACAGGCCAGGGGCCCGGUCCCCAGCGUCCCAGCCCUGUCCUGGCUGCAGGCAGCCGUCUCUCCGCCCCACUUCCUCCCGCUGCGCCCCCUAGAUCCCCACCGGCCAGGCGCCGGCUCCAGCCGCGCGCCCCCUGCCCACGGGCUCCCUUCGCCAGCCCCUGGCAUCCCUGCCACCUACAGCAUGGAGCCGAACGCAUCGGGCAACGCGUGCGUUACCGGGCUGGGGCUCCAGUCAGGGCUACACUCCGGACGGCACGCCGGCCACUUCUCGGCGCCGGUGGCCGCGCUGCUGGCGGCGCUCAGGGCGCUGCUGGCGCUGGCCACGGUGCUGGGCAACUCACUGAUCGUGGUGGUCUUUGCCGUGGACCGCAGCCUGCGCUCCAGCGACAACUUCCUCCUCAAUUUGGCUGUCGCCGACCUCCUGGUGGGUGACUUACAGAGCUCAGAAGGGCAUGACCAGGAAUAUUGUUUUCGAGUUGGUGGGUGGUGGCAUUCCUCGUCUAUGGACCUGCCAUCAUCGGUUGGGCAUUAUGUGGCCAAAAGGAGCAUCCUGCCUCGGGGGGAGUGCUAUGCUGAGUUCUUCUACAACUGGUAG